CUCCGGGACAGCUUUUACUCCUACAAGAGCUUCGAGAGCGCGGUGGCGCCCAACGUGGCGCUGGCGCCGCCCGCGCAGCAGAAGGUGGUGAGUGCCCCGCCCUGUGCCACGGCCGUGCCGCGGGGCAGCGAGCCCCUGGGCCCCUCCACACAGCCCAGGAGGAGGAAGCUGCCCGCAGAGAACACGGCUGGCCCCGAGCCACCGGCCCCUGCCGUGGCCACUGUCACUGCCCCCGAAGAGGAGAAGGAAUCGGAAGCAGAAAUUGAAGUAGAAACCAGGGAAGAAUUCACCUCCUCCUUAUCCUCGCUCUCCUCCCCAUCCUUUACUUCAUCCAGCUCUGCAAAGGACAUGAGCUCACCGGGGAUGCAAGCCCCAGUCCCAGUCAACAGUUCCUACGAGGCUGCAGCACAUCCUGACUCUCACAGCAGUGGGUUGGAAGCUGAGCUGGAGCACCUCAGGCAGGCCCUGGACAGUGGCCUAGAUACUAAAGAAGCCAAAGAAAAAUUCCUCCAUGAAGUUGUUAAAAUGAGAGUGAAGCAGGAAGAGAAGCUAAACGCUGCCUUGCAGGCCAAACGCAGCCUACAUCAGGAGCUGGAGUUCCUGAGAGUGGCCAAGAAAGAGAAACUGAGAGAAGCGACAGAGGCGAAGCGCAACCUAAGGAAAGAGAUUGAACGUCUGAGAGCCGAGAACGAGAAGAAGAUGAAGGAAGCCAACGAGUCUCGGGUACGGCUGAAGCGGGAGCUGGAGCAAGCCAGGCAGAUCCGGGUGUGUGACAAGGGCUGCGAAGCGGGCAGGCUCCGGGCCAAGUACUCAGCCCAGAUCGAGGACCUACAGGUGAAGCUUCAGCACGCGGAGGCCGACAGGGAGCAGCUCCGAGCCGACCUGAUGCAUGAACGGGAGGCCCGGGAACAC